AUGGCUGCAAAGAGAGAGGUCAAGAUCAAGAUCCCCGAUCCCCAAAAACAGACAGCAAAGAAGACCGGACCUCCUGCUACUCCAAGAGAGCUUCUACUUGCAACAAGAGUCAGGGAAAUGACAGCUCUCUUGGAGAAACAGGAGAUCACGAUCGCUGAUCUCAAGGAAUCACAGAAGAAGGUUAAGGAACAAGUUCGGAAGAACCAAGAGUAUAUUCGUUACCUUGAGAGGAACAAUGGCUCGUACGCAAAUAGAAUCAGUGAUCUGAUCUAUGAGAAACAAUGCCUCGGUGACCAAGCAGACAACUGGCAUUCCCGGUGCCUUUACGCAGAAGCGUGCCUCCAACAAUUAAAGAAGUGUAUCAGAAAUUUAGCGAACGAUCUCUGA